CCCUCCAAGUCCAAGAGCUCGAGACUCCAGACCCCUUUCUCCCUCUCGAUCAAGCGAUGGCUGUCAUGGAUCCCUUCACCGCCGACCUACUUUCUGGUCCUUCUCUGCCCGGCGCCUUCUCAUGCGCCGCCGGCCACCGCAUGGAGUUUGACGACGCCUACCUCCGGGCGAUCGGCGCACUCCCUCCUCUUCCGACUGUCCACCUCGCUCCCACCCACCUCGACCACGCCGCCGCACUCGAAGAUUCCGUGGAACUCCCGGCGACGCUGUAUGCCGCCACACUCGAUGCCCAUCUUUUUCACCCGCCGUUCGAGGUGCCCGUACCGUCCCUGCUUCCGGACCGCGUCGUCCCGGACUCCAAGAACACGGCGACACGCCCGCAUCUGUCCAGCUUCGAAUUCGCUCCCACGCCCGUCGAUCACGCCGCCGCACUCGAAUGUUCCGUGGAGCUCCCGGCGACGUGCGAGCUGUACGCCGCCGCACUCGACGCCCGUCUUUUUCACCCAUCCUUCGAGGUGCCCGCACCGUCCCUGCUCCCGGACCGCGCCGUCCCGGACUGCAAGAACUCGGCCACGCAUCCGCGGCUCUCCGACUACGAAAUCGACAUCGACUUCAACCUCCGGGAGAUGGAGAAGAACGUCGAGGAGCGGCCUUCGCCGGACUACCUGAAGACGGUGCAGGGAGAUCGGAUGAGCCCAUCGAUGCGUGCCACCCUCGUCUUCUGGAUGGACGACUUCACCCGGCACUACGACCUGGCCCCUGGCACGCUUCACCGUGCCGUCUCCUACGUCGACCGCGUCCUGUCGGCGCGAACCUUGUCUUCGGCUCGCACGGACAUGGAGUAUGAGCUCCGUCUCCUGGGCGCCACGGCCGUCUUCACCGCCGCCAAAUACGAGGAGCGGAGCACCAGAUUCAAGGUGAACGCCGCGAAAAUUGCGGAGGACUGUGGGUUCGCCACGAGCAAGGAGGUGACCGACAUGGAGUGCAAGAUGUUGGCGGCGCUCCGGUACGAGCUCAGCGGACCAACGGCCUACCCCUUCGUGGACCACUUCACCAGGUACAGCAAAGGAGAGCGCGAGCUGGAGGUUCAGAGGUUGGCGCAUAAGAUCGGCGGACCAUUAUUCGUCGAGGAUUGGCGCCCCAUGGGGCCCAAUCGGAUCUCCUCCUGCGACCUAACACUAGCCAGGAUGACUCAACGAGCAACUUUCUUCCCGUCGUGACCCUUGCAGGUGUUCCGGUAUGAAGAAACAUGCCAAAUCGAAAGCCGUCGUAAAUGAGCACGACGAUGUGAGAAAGGUCUAUCUUGAAACUACAAAAUGCAUGAUUGUUAGUCAUCAAAAUCCACGUGGCGAGGAAAGAAGCAUCACCUAAGGGCAUCUUCAAAGCUGACCCGCAAACCGCCUGCAUCCGUCCGGACCGCGCUGUACGGACCGCAGAAGCCAUCCAACACCGACCUGUAUAGGUCCGCGGGGCAGUCGGACGCA